UGUGUUCUAUUUUUUUUUUUUAAACCGGUGAUAUAACUUAAGAAGUGGCCUAUAAUUAUGACAACACUCACUGAUCUUCAAAACCAUGAACUGGAAAAAUAUCCACCUGACGGAGACUUUUCUGAACAUCUAACUCUGGUCCGGAUUCCGAAAACCCAAGCCGAGUUGGAAGAUCUUACGGAGAACCAAAAAGACGGGAAUAUCCAAGCACCCUCAUGGUUUACCUAUAAAUCCGUGUUGGCGUAUAUAUACUCUCUGUUUCCCAUUGUAAGUGUACUGCGUCAUUACAAAAUCAAAGAAUACCUCUUGAAAGAUGCAGUCAGUGGUCUAUCGACAGCGUGUUUGCAUUUUCCACAAGGAAUGGCUUUCGGUAUAUUAUCAUCUCUAGCCCCAAAGUAUGGACUUUAUACGUCAUUCUUUCCGGUUGUUCUUUAUGUAAUAUUCGGAACCUGUCCGUUUGUGUCUUUCGGAACAAACGCCGUCAUCUCGUUAUUCACUGCAAAUCUCAUACAAGAUCAGGUGACUACACCGGAAUCGAGUGGAGGUACUAACAGUUCUAACAACACCGAUGGACAAAUAGAUGAGGAGGAGUUCGUGGAAAUGAAGGCGGCCAUUGCUGCUGGUUCCUCGUUUAUAGUGGGGGUGCUUCUUCUUGUUUUGGGAUUACUAAGACUUGGAUUCAUUGCAUCAUACAUGUCAUCUCCUUUUGUUGGAGCCUUUACAACCACUGCUGCUAUCCACAUCAUGAGCAGCCAGGUUCCGAAGAGCCUCGGAGUUCGAAUACCUUCUGUUUCAGGUCCCGGUAAGAUUGUGAUAAUGUACAUCGAAAUCUUCAAGAACAUCACGUCGGCAAAUGUUGGAUCCAUUGUAACAUCCAUUGUAUGCAUAAUUAUUUUGAUAUUUGUGAAAGAUUUCAUCAAUGAAAAGUUCAAAACGAAAAUGUUUAUGCCCGUUCCAAUAGACCUUAUUCUUGUCAUUUUGGGCAGUGUCGUGUCCUAUUUUGGCGAAUUACAUUCUCAGUUCAGUAUUCCAGUGGUCGGCAAUAUUCCACCGGGUGUGCCAGCCCCCACCCUUCCAGACCUGAGAAGUGGCAUAAUAGGAAACUCUGUCGUUAUUGCUAUCAUCAUAUUUGUUCUGACCAUAUCAAUGACCAAAGUCUGUGAAUCCAAGAACGCCAUCAACGCUGAUCAGGAGCUGGUGGCGUAUGGAAUGUCGAACUUUGGCAGUUCCUUCUUUCGUUGUUUUCCCUCAUGCGUGGCGCCACCGCGUACCAUCUUACUAAAAUCUAUGGACGCGAAAACUACCAUGAAUGGCAUUUUUUCUGCCCUGGUGAUUUUGCUUAUUUUGCUAUUUCUGGGAGAAUAUUUCCAGUAUUUACCGUUAGCUGUGCUGUCUAUAAUGGUCAUCAUGGCGGUCAAGAACCUCCUCCUUCAGUUUCGCGAUUUACCCCGGUUAUGGAGGAUCAACAAAUAUGACUUUACUGUUUGGACCGCCACCUUAGCUACAGGGGUGCUUAUUGACUUUCCCUAUGCUUUGUAUUGCGGUGUGGGACUGAGUGUUCUUCUGGUAGUAUUUCAAAGUCAGAGAGGUAAAAAAGGACUAAUUGGAAAACUGCAAAAUGAAGACUUGUACGUUGGAGAAACAAACUUCACAGUUUUACCGCGUGGUGUAAAGGUCUUUAAGAUGGAAUCGUCACUUUACUUUGCAACAUCUGAAUCCUUUCGUGAAAGUUUGUACCGUGUAGCCUGGGACCCUAGAACGCUUAAACCUCACGAUUCAAACAACGAAGUCAGCCUCUCCGUGGAAUCCAUUCCUACCAAGGAGAACGAUAAAACGAAAGUAGAGAAGACAUGCAGCGAGGAGAGGCUGGUUAUCAUUGACUGCUCUUCCUUUAACUACGUAGACGUCAAUGGGAUAUCCGCCCUCUCUCUCGUUGUCAGGGAGUACCGCUAUGUCGGGAUAAAGGUGCUCUUGACUAGAUGUACAGAGAGUUUUCUGUCCGUUAUGAGGAGGUCAGAGUUGAUAGAGACGGUGGGAGAAGAAAACGUUUUUCCGGAUAUCGUGGAUGCAGUAGCACUCAAUAUUUCAGAUGAUUCUACUCGUCUUUAGAGCAUCGGCAAAUUUUAAAUGAAAAUCAAACAAUUUUAAUUAUUUCCAUAUGACACACAUAUACCCUGGUAAUUCAUACAAUGUAUAAUUUAGAAUUUAUUUUUUUAUUGAAG